CCGACCGGCCGCCAGGCAGGCGUCCCGGCCAGCGGCCCAGAGCCCGCGGCCGCCCCGCCGCUUUGCCAAAAGCGCUCGGGGCCUCGCCGCGCCGCGCGCGUGCAUCGGUGCACCACCCUGCCGCCUGCCAACCCCCUUAAAGCGUCUCGGCACUUCGCCUCUCCGGCUCCGCCACUAGGAGAAGCCCAUCAAAUACUCGCGCGCCCAUUAUUGCCAUCACGCGCCGCGCGCACGCACGCCACGCAGGGGGGGAAGCGGAGCUCUAGAGCGACUGAGCUUAUCCGUCCCGUCCCGUCGCCAUGGCGAGAGCCUUCCGCGCGGCCUCACCGCUGCCGCUCCCGAGCUCGAGGGGCGCCGCCGUGACGAGCGGCGCCGGGAGAGGGAGCUUCCCGUGGCUGAACAAGAAGGGCUCGGGCAAGCCGGCGCCGCAGCGCGGCGGGACGAGCGCCGCCGGACAAGAGAGCAAGGGUGACGAGCCCGCAGAGGCGGCCGCCGAGGGUUCCGCCGAGCAGUCCCCGCCGUCGAGGAAGCGCGCGGACGCGCUGGCGCGGCUGCGCGCGGCGUUCCUGGCGGCGAUCACGCACCGGCGCCGGCGCCGGCAGCUGGGGUCCUGCGUGACGGGCACCAUCUUCGGCCGUCGGCGCGGGCGCGUGCACGUCGCGCUGCAGACGGACCCGCGCUCCCCGCCCGUGCUGCUCGUGGAGAUGGCCGCCUACUCCACCGGCGCCCUCGUCAGGGAGAUGUCCUCGGGCCUCGUGCGCCUCGCGCUCGAGUGCGAGAAGACGCCGCUCGCCGCCGGGGAGAAGCGGCGGGGGUUGCUGGAGGAGCCGACGUGGCGCGCGUACUGCAACGGCCGCAAGUGCGGGUUCGCGGUGCGCCGGGAGUGCGGCGCGGACGAGUGGCGGGUGCUGGGCGCGGUGGAGCCCGUGUCCGUGGGCGCCGGCGUGCUCCCGGACGACGUCUCCGGCACCGGCGCCAACGGCGGCGCCGAGGAGGGCGAUCUGAUGUACAUGCGCGCCAGGUUCGAGCGCGUGGUGGGGUCCAGGGACUCGGAGGCGUUCUACAUGAUGAACCCCGACGGCUGCGGCGGGCCCGAGCUCAGCAUCUACCUGCUACGGGUCUGAUCGCCGCCGGAGACGACGCUUCAGCUUGCAUCCCCCCCUUUGUAUGUAAUCUGAUUGGGCUUUUGUGUAGUUAUGUUCCAUGUAAUUUGGGGUUCUUGUCAAUGGUGUAUGUACAAUGCUACUGGUCACUUAGAUGGCUUAAAACUUCGGGUGAUUAGUUUUUGGUGUGAGGUGGUGUGGUUCUAGAUAGAUUAGGUUGGGGAUCAUCUUUCUCUUUGGUUAUGUGAUCAAAUGGAUUGGAAAAAUUGGGAAUAAUAUCAGUGCCUCUACUGCAUAAUAAGAUGGAUAUGCUUUGGAGAA